AAUCCACACCCUUCCUCCCCAGGAAAGAAUAUUCCUCCGCACGCUCUCCAAACCCCAAAACCCUUGGCUUUCUCUUGAACGAAGAAGCCGAACCCUUCUUCUGUGAAUCACCAUUCACCAGCGCAAGAAUACUGCAACAAUCCGCCGCCAUGGUUAUGCUCUGUCCGCAGAGCGCCUUCGCCUCCGCGAGAUUACUUGCUCGCCGGAUCUUUUCCACUCCUCUCUGCCGGUCGUUUGGCUCCGCGGCGGCUGUCGAGGCCGUCUACGAUAGCGAGUGGGACGACGACGAACGAUUCGGCAACAGAUCGCCUCCGAUGCAACCGCAGGAAGCUGCGGAUACGUGGGGGCAGAUGAAGGAGAGGAGCGUCCAGUGGGUGUUUAUGGGGAGCCCUAGCUCGCAGAAGCGACAUUACGCCACCCGCGUCGCGAAGCUCCUCGACGUCCCCUACAUCUCGAUGGGAACCCUUGUACGCCAGGAACUUAAUCCACAUUCCUCUCUCUAUACAAAGAUUGCAAGUUCUGUAAAUGAAGGGAAGCUUGUUACAGAGGAGGUCAUCUUUGGUUUGCUUUCAAAACGACUUGAGGAAGGUUAUUACAGAGGCGAGACUGGAUUCAUUCUGGAUGGAAUUCCCAAAACUUGCACUCAAGCUGAGCUCCUUGAUCAGGUUGCGGAUGUUGACUUGGUAGUCAAUUUCAAGUCUUCAGAGGAUUCUUUUGUGAAAAAGCAUAUUGGAAAUGACGUAUGUGCUCACUGUGGAAAGAUAUUUGAUAUUUUUAAUUCUCAAUCUACCCGCCUCAAUCCAUGUUUAGGAAGUAGUACAAAUCAUUCCAAACUGAAUGAUUCGGGAGCAUUUGACAUGGAAAAAUCUUGUCUGGAAAAAUUGCAGAUGCAUUCUAUCCAGAAGAAACAACUGGAAGAUUACUACAGGCAGCAGAAAAAGCUGCUAGACUUCCGUGCCUCCGGCGGGCCCGUGGAGACAUGGCGAUGCCUGUUGGCUGCUCUUCAUCUGCAACAAACUCAUGCCGCCAGAUUGUCACAGAAAUUGUUUGUAUAAUCUGGAUUUAGUUAGUCUUUCUUCCACAAGUUGGAGGAGCCUCUUUGGCAUGCAUGACAAGGUUGUCUGUGCAAGCAGGGCUUGUUUUUGUGCUGGAGAGGCUUGCUUUUUUGUUUUGUCUUAGCAAAUUUUUUUUGUUUUUUACAAUAUAGUUUGAUUGCAAUUUUGUUAACCAUAAGACCUUUGAUUCUGUUUUUCUAUUGAAGAGUUAUGAAGGAUUAAAAUAUAUAAAGUAUGCACAUUUAUUUCAAAUGUUUAA